CUCCCUUGCCGCGUCGCUCGCUCGCUUGUAUUCCGAAAGUCAUAUAACCCCUCCACCCCUCGCAAGACCUUAUUUGACUUUGUCAAUCUUGCGCCAUUCUGCCAUUGUCUGCCUGCCCGUCUCCACUCGAUAUUGCAACAGGUUUUUGAAUUUGAGGAUUGGAAAUCGGCACACAGCUGAAUUAACCCCACACCAUGUGCUCAAACGGCACAAGCGGCGACAUCGUGCCGCUCAUUAUUAAUAAUGAAUCGGUCGUAACAGACAUUAUCUUCGACGUUCACAACCCCGCCAAAGGCGAAGUCGUCGGCCGCUGCGCCAGCGCGUCGGUGGAGGAUGCCACGCGCGCCGCGGUAGCUGCGAAAGCCGCCUUCCCCGCGUGGAGCAAGACAAAGCCCUACGAGCGCCGAGAUAUCCUCAUGCGCGCCGCCGACAUUAUGUUCUCCCGAAGAGAGGAACUGAUCCACUAUCAGAUGGAGGAGACGGGGGCUGGCCGACUCUUCGUGGAGAAGACCUUUGAGAUGGGCGCCAAUUUCAUCAAGGAUUUCGCAGCGCGCAUCCCCUCCAUCCAGGGUGCCGUCCCGUCGGUCUCGGAGGAAGGAGAGGGUGCUAUGGUCUUCAAGGAGCCGUACGGUGUGAUUCUGGGGAUCGCUCCUUGGAAUGCCCCGUAUAUCCUCGGCGCCCGCGCCGUCGCCCUUCCCCUCGCCGCCGGUAACACGGCGAUCCUAAAAGGCUCCGAGCUGUCUCCGAAAUGUUUCUGGGCGAUUGGUGACAUCUUCCGCCAGGCUGGUCUUCCUGCGGGGUGCCUCAACGUUCUCUACCACCGACCUGCCGACGCUGCAGAAGUCACCACCGCCUUAAUCGCUCAUCCGGCCGUCCGGAAAAUCAGCUUUACCGGGAGCACGCAUGUAGGAUCGAUCAUCGCUUCGACCGCUGGUAAAUACGUGAAGCCGGUGGUUCUCGAACUGGGCGGCAAGUCGACCGCCAUUGUCCUGGAUGAUGCCAAUCUGGAGCGCGCCGCUAUGGGCUGCGCGCUGGGAGCUUUCAUGCACUCGGGUCAAGUAUGCAUGUCGACCGAGCGCAUCGUGGUCCAACGUCCCGUUGCAGAGAAGUUCUGCCAGACGCUCACGGAGGCUGCCGAACGAGUCUUCGGUGGUAACGCGCCGGCCCCGGUUCUGGUUGCGGCGGCUGCCGUCCAGAAGAACAAGGGGUUGGUCGCGAAUGCGAUCUCCCAGGGUGCCAGCGUGUUGUAUGGCGAUGUCAACGCCUCGGAAGCUAGCAGUCACGCCAUGCGACCCCUGAUCGUAGGCAAUGUCACCAAGGAGAUGGACCUGUACUCCACGGAGUCUUUCGGUCCGACCGUAUCUCUCAUCGUGGUCGACACCGAAGACGAAGCUGUGGCCUUGGCCAAUGACACAGAAUACGGCCUUACGUCGGCGGUGUUUACCGACAACUUAUUCCGUGGACUACGCCUAGCGAGGCAGAUCGAGUCAGGGGCUGUGCACAUCAACUCCAUGACUAUCCACGAUGAGCCCGUGUUGCCUCACGGCGGGUGGAAGAGCAGCGGGUACGGUCGUUUCGGAGGCCCGGCCGGAUAUGACGAGUGGUUGCAAACCAAGACGGUCACCUGGACGCAGUGAGCGACGUUGGAGGGUCAUACUUACUCCGAGGCACAGUGUAGUGUUUACUGCUAUUUUAGACUUAAUAUCUUCAUU